AUGUUUAUAAGGAAGUUGACAUCAAGUAUUGUUCUUCUUCUGGUUUAUGUGGAUGACAUUGCUUUCUCUAGUAAUGACUUAGCUUCGAUAAAUGAGCUUACGAGAACAUUAAGAACCCAGUUUGAUAUGAAAGAUUUAGGGGACUCAAAGUCGUUUCUGGGGAUUGAAGUGAUGAGGUCGCAAAGAGGUUUGGAACCCAGUGCAACCCAAGUAUAUCUAGGAGUUCCUUUUACACGCUACGCUAUCCUCGGUGGCGAUAUCGUCAUCGGAGAUGAGCGGGUGGCUGAGCGUUAUCACGAGCUAAUGUCGCAACUGAAUGUUCCAUUUUCGUUAGAGAAAUCAUUAGUAUCGUCAGUUGGUGCUUUGGAGUUUGCUAAGCGGUUCUUCGUACGUGGGGUGACUAAGAACUUGAGUCCCGUCUCCUGUCGCAUGUUAAGAUCCUUAGUUAGUUCCAUAUCCCUUGUUUCUGUAAUGAGGGCUAUUAUGUCUACGGAUCUUCCAUUAUCGUAUCGUUUACGAGAAGCUGGGUACCGGGUGUAUACUUGA